CUAAAAUGCUUAACAUAAAUCUACAAGCAGGGGUGCUCAUCAUAGCUUUGCAUGGACUAUAAGAAGACUGGCUGUGACUUUAUGGAUUUACCAUACAAGCUUAUUUAUAAGCCUUCUCGAUGCACGACAGAAAAGGAUAAGCAUAUUUACCAAACAUUAAAUAUUCUAUUAAUAAAUUCAAGCUGAAGCUACUCCUUGAUUAACUGGAGGAUAGGAAACAGACUGUAUGUACCUCCAUAUUUAUCAUUCAGACAUGAGCAUUGAUUUCCUCAUCUGCCUCUCAAGAUAGCAAAUAAUCUUAUUAAUCAAAAUGCCAAACUGUUACUUAAAGGGGCCUUGUAGUUUAUCCACUCUAUUUAUCCUCCCUCGAAGCAGCGAAGAGCCACCAUGGAUGAUGUCAUCCAUUCAGCUGUAAUCCAUUUGUUUUUCCCCCAGUCAUGGUAUCAGAAAUGCUGCUAUAUUAUAGCAAUAAGGUCCAUUAAAUGAGCUACCGAAGGGCACACUUAAGGCUCGGUGUCUCGUCUGAAGUGUAGUUAAAGGAAAAGGAAACAAUUCACAAACAAUUUUUUUAUAAAACAUAUAAAACUUACCUCCUCUCAUAAAGGACACAAAGCUCUUUACAUUAAUACCACACCAUAGCUAGCUCUGCUCACUGAUAUUUUCUUUAUUAGGACUCUGUUCCGAAUGAAAAACAGACCUUGUACACGGACAAGCAUGCAUCUUUGACCAAAAGAGCAGAUUUAUUCAACUUAAUAUGAAUUGCUCUCAGAAGGGCACUUAGAAGUGUACGGUCGCUUCAUGCAUCUCUCUUCGGAGAGCACAUAAAAGCAUCCAGCUUGAGAUGAAUUACCGAAGGCAGGUUUAAUAAAAAUCAGUUUACUCAGACCCUCGAACCAUCCAGUCGUGAAUCUCCUUUGAGUAAACACACAAUGGGCACAGUAAAGGCUGCCAAAAAGUAGGGUUUCCAUGUUAUUUGCUACAAGUGACACUUAGGUGGAGGGGGGAAAGUGGAGGGAACAAAAAACCCAUUUUUGUGUAGUUUGUAAAAAGAAUCUUGAACUUUCUUUAAAAAACAAACAAACAUAAAAAAAAAGCAACUAUGGAUGUGAUGAUUGCAGUGACCAUCAAGGAGAACAAACACGCUGCCCUGUCUGUUACCAUGGAGCUGUCAGGUGGAUGCUUCUGUGCAAGGCUUAUUAGGGUCACAGGAGUUUUGGUUGAAGUACAUUCAUUCACUCACUGGGUAAGCCUGUAAGUAUGGCUGUAUUCUGAGUGCUGAGGGUAAUGUUGAGGUUUUCAGAAACUAUGGAAUAAGACAGGGUACUUUGAAGUGUGUCAUUUGUAUCAAAAGAUUUAAAAAGGGGGGGAAACACAGUAAGUGCUGCAGUAAGUCCUUGAUGAGCAUUUCAUGAUGUUGUACCAACAUCCGAGUCCAAACCUGAUACCAGGUUGCCACCCGCUGGUCGGGGGUUAGUUUAAUGGCUUUCACAUUUUUAAAAUGAAACAAAACAUACGCUGUUCUGGGCCAAUAUUUCUUUUUCAUCGUGACUCCACCACAUAUGAAAUACUGAGAAAACUGAAAUUUAACAAAAAAUGAAAAGAGACAGAAAAUAUUUGUCUCAGUUUAGCGUGGCAACAUUGAAACACCGCGGGGAUUUAUUCAGGCAGCGCUCAAAGUGUCAGGAUUUACUCACAGUCGAUUAUAACAUUGUGAGGGAGACGUGCUCUUAAUGCAUCGACAUUUCUCAUGCAUCUCCUAAUUGCAUGUUUUAAUAUUUCCACAGAGCUGUUAGCUGCGGGCUAAUUUAGACAGAUGAGUCAUGUUAAUUCAACAGCUCAAACAGCUGCUGGUUUAAUGGACUUCUUAAACUCGGAUAGCCUCUCCAGCCCCACUCGCCUCAGCCUGUCAGACGGGUCAGAGGACCAGCUCGACCGUCUGCAGCAGGUGGAGCUGGCCAGGACAACGCCCAUGUCUCUGUGGAGGGCAGGCACCGUGCAGGCCUGGCUGGAGGUUGUCAUGGCGAUGCCCAUGUACAUCCGCACCUGCUCAGAAAACGUCAAAAGCGGCAAGGUUUUACUGGGGUUAACGGAUGAAGACCUGGAGCUGGGUCUAGGUGUCAGCAAUUUGAUGCAUCGUCGGAAACUCCGCCUGGCCAUUGAAGAUUACAGAGAUGUUGAGAACGGUAGAGGGCUGUCCAAGGCUGCGGAUAUGGACCACCACUGGGUGGCAAAAGCUUGGUUAAGCGAUGUGGGUUUGCCUCAGUACUCCCAGGCAUUUCACAAUCACUUGAUAGACGGGCGAGUCCUGAACUCUUUGACGCGUCGGGACCUCGAACGUCACUUAAACAUCACCAAGAAGUUCCAUCAGGUCAGCUUGCUGCUGGGCAUCGAACUGCUGCAGUUGCUUCAUUUUGACAAGGAGGCAUUACAGGCUCGCCGGAUACAGUGCGAGCACCAGAAUGUGGAUCCUCUGGUAUGGACCACGCAUCGGGUCAUGAAAUGGAUCAGAGAUAUUGACCUCAAGGAGUUUGCUGAGAAUCUCCUAAACAGUGGCGUUCAUGGGGCUGUCAUGGUGCUAGACCCCACUUUCAACACUGACACGAUGGCAACGGUGCUAGGAAUCCCCAGCAGCAAGCACAUGGUUCGCCGACACCUUGUGGAAGAGAUGAAAACACUAAUUGGCCAAGCCAGCGUGGAUGCCAAACAGGAAUACGAGCAUUUAGGUCUGGGGACACCACCUAUCCUCCUUCGGCAGAACUCUUUGGGCAGACCUCCCACCUCCACUGCCCGGCACACCGAUGAAGAAGGCUCAUUGAGAAGGAGGGCUGUGAAGCCUCCAGCAGGAUUUAGUCCCAAAGCUCGCAAUGGGCGGGACUUGAGUUGCCAUAGCAGCUAUGGCUCCCUGCCUAGAGAGGUUCGAGAUCACACUCCGCCCAGGGCAGAAGGAAGCCCCAUCCGUGGUUACACCAGCAUCGAGGUCACCAAUGUGUGAUGUCAUCAGAGUUCUACCAGUACCAGUCAUUCACUUCAUGACAGCUAAAUGUACAACAUGGACAUUUGUCAUCCAUGUGCACGCAAACAUGGGAUGGUGAUUUUUUUUUAUCUUAAAAUGAGCCUUUACAGGACAGCUUGCACUUUGUAACAAGGAAAAUGUUGUUCAUUUUCUUUUUUUUUUUACAAGUUUCCUGUUUUUUGGGAAGUUUUAGCAUCUUUGAGGACAGUAAGCGCCCCUCCCCCAAUGCCAGAAUUAAGAUGACUAUGAAGGACUCGAGCUAUAUAUUUUUAUAUUCUUGUGUGUACACCAGGAGGUAACUAACUGAAAUGUUUUUGUUUUGUUUUUUGACUAGUGAGGGAAAUGACUGUUUGUAUUAUACAGAGCACUUGAUGACAAAAUGUAAAAAAGAAAAAGUUUCAUAUUUCAUAUCCGUGUAAGUGGCUCUUGUCUCAUUCAAUUCUGCCGUUUGUGAUGCCUUGUCAAUGUGACUUAGCAUUAAAAAAAAAAAAAAAAAACCUUAAAAAGACUUGAACUGAAUUUAAAAAUUUUAGAAUCUAUGUUUGAUGGUCAUUUUUCAUCUCGCACAUUUACACUGUUGUGUCAAAGCAAAUGUAGCACCUCUUCUGAUGUUUUAUACUGUGCAGUAAACAUAAAAUAUCUGAGCAAUGCCAACAACAACAACAAAGAAAAAGACUGCUGAGCUGUGAUGUGUGAGCGUGUAUUUUUUUGUGAAAAGGAAAGUGCUCACUGAAAUGAAAUAAAGAUGGUGUCUAAAAUAUA